AUGAUUCCUUUAGACUAUUAAUUCGAGAAAAUAUGUUCAAAAGAUAUUUAAGCAUAAAAAUGGGAUUCUGAUAAUGUUAAAUUAGUUUAGUUAAAAAUUCAAAUCGUAUUUAUUUCAGAUAAUGAUAUCAAAUAUGUGUAAGAUGGUGUAGUCUUGAGGAUGUAAAAGUUAAUUUGUAACUAAAUAGCGAAAUAAGUUAUCGAUACAUCGAUAUAGCCAGAAGUAUUGACUAUAUGAAAGUAAUUCAAAAUGUUGAAUGAAAGGCGACAAUAAGACGAAAAUGAGAAAAUGUUUAAUGAAUUUAGUAAGAAUUUUUUGAAUUUAUUCAAAUUUAUGAUUGUGGAGGAAUACUUUAUGAAUCAAGAAAAAGGAGCAUAGAAAUAUAUUUAUAGGUAUAAUAUCAUCUGAAUUCUUAGUUUAAUCAUAAGUGGUACUGGAUUUAUAACUCUUAAGGUUCGCAAAAUGGAAAGUGGACUGAGUUGAGUAAUAGGAUCUUCAAAUUAUUUACAAGUUAUUCAUUAAGGUAAAUAUAAGAAUGGGAAAAAAUAGGAAUUUGGGAUAUUUUUUGGAAAAAGGAAUAGCAUCCAAUGGCUAAAAAUAAAUUUUGUUGUCGAUUAGUUACCCUGAUUCAUAAGCAACCACAUUUUUAUUAUAACCUCUUUUUAAUGCUUUUAUUUUCUUCUAUCUUUAGCAAUAUAUAAAGUUGCACUAACAAUAAUUUAAAUUAAAUGGCAAAACGAUUACAAAAUUUGAUCUCCUAUACAAUUUUACUUGAUUUUCAAUUAAAAAAUUAAGUCUUGAAAUUUAUUAUGAAAUGUUUUUCAUAAAUUUAGAGAGCUUUUAUCAUACUUUUCCAAUACGAAAUUUUAUGA